AUGGGUAAAAUGGACAUCUGUGUCCGGUCGUUGUUGGACGCGCCCAACUACCCCAAAACAUCUGCCUGCAUCCCCUGGUGUGCUUGCCUCCGCGGUCGCCCUACAGCCGCACCAGCUCACGCUCGCAUGAGGCAGCCCGCGCCGCCUCACCGCUCGCCACCUCGGCUGCGCCCGCGCCGGCCCGCCGCUCCCCGCCCCGCCCCGCGCCUGCCCCGCUCCGCCGCGAGCUCGGCGCCCGCGCGCCAGGACGCCGCUGCGCCCGCGCCCGCUCGCCAGGCCGCGCCCGCCCGCCGCUCCCCGCCCCGCCCCGCGCCUGUCCCGCCCCCCGCGCGCCCCGCUCUGAGCUCGGCCGCACCCCGCCCCGCCCUGUGCGCCCGCCUGCUCGCGGCUCCGCCUCGCCCGUGCGCGCGUCGCCAUGGUGGUGUGUGGAGCAGAGGAGAGAGAGGAGAAAAGGUGGAGAGAGAGGAUGGUGCGUGGGCAUGGUGGGCCAUGGAAGAUUAA